GAUCCUCUCCACAGCUGAAACACACAGCCGCUAGUGUUAGCUUAGCUUCAGAAGCACAAUCAGUCUGGUAACAGUUUGGGAACUUACUGCUGUGAGGAGCUGAAGGUGAGUGCAGGUGAGUCAUAAUGCGUUCAAACUGUCUCUGAACAGCCGCUGAAGCUGUUGAACAGUUGGAGUCAGUUGGAGCUUCUGGAAGCUUCAGUGACAUCAGCUGUCUCUGGUCUCCACGGAGACGGGAAUAAACAGACACAGACACAAAAAAUAAAGGAUGAAGAGUGAGAAAAGGACGAGACACCGGAUGGAAACUGAUGUUAAAGUCCAGGUGAAGAAGGGCGGAGUCACACAGGCUGUCAGAGGAGUUCUGAACAGGUCGGCAGGACGCUCUCACCGCAGCAGCUGGAGGAAGGUUAAAGGCCACCUGUCAGAGGAGGGGCGGAGCCUCGUGGCAUUUGUUUUCGGGCUGCUGUUGGCGUCUCUGUACGGAGUCACAGCUCUCUUCCUGCAGAAACAGCCGCUGUGGUUGUGCGUGUACACCACACUGGCGGUGGCAGUGCUGGCGGCCUUCGGCAUGGGCCUGUCAGCCGGCAUCCGGGCCGACGUCAUGGUCAUGCUGCCCUCGCUGUGCUCAGCUCACGGCAGGAAUUUCCUCCUCUUCCUGUUUGCCUCGGUUCUGCUGUCCGGUCCGCUCGCCAAUACGCUAGAAAACACGGAGCGAGCAGCCGCCAGCCUGCUGUGCGGAGCCGAGCUGGCAGCCAAUCAGACGCAGGAACUGAUGCAGAGAGCUGCCACGCCCCUUUUCUCUGUGUUGGACAGAAUCAGAGAGAUCAGCAGUAACGCUCUCUCUGUGGCGGGAAGAGUCCAGAACCUCAUUGGCGCUCUGACUGACAGCGUCCGUCAUGUUGCUCGUACUCUGAGGAACGUCCUCCACUUCCUGGUGGACAUCGGCGACGUGUGUAACGUCAAACUGGGCUCUCCAUACAGGAAGUGCCGGGAGGUGUUCGCCGAGGCUCAAGCCGACUGCUCUGACCUGCUGGGAGAGUUCAACUUCUUGUGUGACAUUGUUGACGGUUUCCUGCCGCUCUGCAACCUUGCCCGCGCUGGCGAGCUCUUCUGCCUCAUCCCGUCCUACAUCGCCGAACAUCUGAAGAAACAUCUGGCAGCUCCCACCGUUGCAGCGUUUCAACGAAUGAAGCGGGAGUUUGAGUUCAAUAUCUCAGCCUCAAUGACCUUUGACCUGGACGCCAACAGCAGCCACUCUGUGCAGCAGGUGUCUCAGGACAUCAUGGAAGAGGUUUCAUCAGAGCUGCAUGUGUUUGAGAAGCUGAGAGAACCGCUCACAUACGCCGGCCUCGUUCUGCUUGCCUGCUCCUUCCUGAGGGCAGUGCGGUACAGACGCAGGUAUCUCCAGGAGGUCGACUUUGACAACGUAUACAUCAGCACUCUGUUUGAAGAGCUUGACCAACAGGUGGCUUCAGGGGGCGGAGCUUCAGUCCUGCCAAUCACAUGCAGAGAAGCCAAGACCUACAUCACACCAUUGUCAUCUCACCUAACGGCCCGAGAGCGGCGGGCUGUGCUGGUGGGCGUGGUCUCGGUCCUCAGGAACCUGGUGAUGGGCGGCCUGCUGGUGGCUCUGGACUUCCUGGUGUUCUGGACGCUGGACCAGGUGCACCACCAGGUGACGGGGGACGUCGUGGCCAGAGCUCCGGUCACGGUGGCGGUGCAGGUGAACGGCUCAGGCUACGCCUCGGAUAUCUUCAGAGACCUGGUGGCCUCAUUCAACAUCCUGCAGGGAGCAAACGUCACCGUGGUCAGCAGGAAGUGUCUGCUGCAGCCGUCAGAGCCGAACUACAUCACCUGCUUCCUCCUAGGGUUCCUGUUGGGUCUGGCUCUGCUGGUCUCUCUGAGCGGAGGAUUCAUGCGGCGCUGCAAACGACUCGUCUGUGCUUCAUAUCAUCCAGAGAGAGAGCUGCUGUUGGCGGUCAGUGGUCCAUUUCAGUCCUGGUCUCCAGUCCGUCAGUCCGUCUCCCAGUCGUCCUUCCACAGAGUGGAUCUGCUGCUGGGAACGUCAGAACAUGAUGGUCUGAUCGGCCGAGCUCGCAGGAUAAAGGACUUUGAGGCUCUGCAGGGUAGAACUGACGGUAAGACGGCGUUUUACGAGGCUCUGAGUCGCUCGUUGGGCGGAGUGACAGGAAGUGACCUGCUGAAGGAAGCGGCGGCCUGGUUCUACUCUCUGGAUCACAGUCCCUCAGCUGCAGGAUACAACCUGUUCUCCAGAGCACUCAACAAUGCCACCAGAGAUCUGUUCAUCAUCUGUCCCAGCCUGCAGAUGGCUAGCCACUGGGCUAACAGCAAAGCUAACGUCUUCCUGUACCACCAGCCUGCCACUAGCGCUCAUAAUAGGGCUGAGGCCAACGUUCCUCUUGACGUUCAGUUUGUGUUUGGGACUCCUCAUCAUCCAAUGAGCUCUCAGCGUUUCACGUCCUCUGAUCGACGCCUCUCUCUGGCCAUGAUGACCUACGUGUCAAGCUUCGUCCGGACUGGGAACCCGAACCCAUCACGUGUGUGGGCGGCGUCAAUUCUGCCCCGCUGGCAGCAGGUCCUGUCCUCUGAAGCUCUGCCCACCUACCUGCAGCUAAGACCCACCCUCCAACAUCAUCAGGGUCUGAGUCAGAGCUCCUGCACCUUCUGGAGCCAACUGGGAACCAGACUGACCAGUCUGAGUGGUGAGACGGGGGCAGAGCCUGUUCGGCCUGCGUUGACCCCUGAGCUCCCAGUGGCUGCACCCUCCAGCCAAUCCCAGACUGAGAAAGAUGCCUACAGCUGAACUAACGACAUCAUCACCCCUUCCUCAUGACAUCACAGUUUCUUUAGUCCAGAUUCAGUUUAAUUCCAAAGAAUAAAAGAGCAA